AUGCUAUCCGCCCUCUCACAACAAAGCGGGCACGCCCACCAGAAUUAUGAGCCCACAACACCCUCGUCGCACCGCGGCUCGUCGCCCAUGUCGUCUCCCACAUCCUCCCCGACGUUCCGGCGGACAAGUCAAUAUAAAGCCACAACCACGCCACUCUUGAGUUCUGCGUCCCGCCGGAAGUCGUCUGCCUCUGCGUAUGCGAAGAAGCCGAAUACGUCGCACUGGGAUGGGAGCUUCAUGCGCGGGAACUUGUUUGGGACGGAACCGCAAGCGGAGCCACAGAAUAAUGCGGCGCGUGAACGGUUCAAGCGGCAGUGCUUUGAGCGCGCGCAGAGGGCAAGGGAGGCGAAGGUUAGGAGUGGGAGGAAGAGCGCGGUGUAUAGCAGUGAGGGCGAGGACCUCGACAUGGAUAUGGACGAGGAGGGUGAAGACGGGUUUAUCAACGAUGAGUACUAUGCACGCAUCGUACUUGAAGCGGAGAGGAAGAGAGACUAUCAAUACCGGCUGUCGUUCGAACACGAUGUUGGCUCUUCGUUCGAUCCAGCGAUGGAGGACCCGGUCGAAUGGGAGCAGGAUCUCAAAGCAGGGACGUCGGCGACUGUCGAGCCUAGGCCGCCUUCUGAGUUCGACGAAGAUGAAGCGGCCGAACUCGCUGCGUUGGCCGAAGACGAGGCGUACUGGGAGGCGCUGGGCAACACCGAUGACCUGGACAAUGUCGACGUCGCCACAUGCGAGGCAAACGCGCCGAGCGCACGGCGUGUCGAGGACGACAUGGACAUGGACAUGAGCUGA